AAGGGAGGUAACGACACCAACCUUUCGUGGGUUAUACAGCCAACCAACGUUUCACUUCAUCGACGAGUCCGUCACCACUCACCAACCCCAUCAAUCCCAUUUUAUAAACACCAUCCCCAACCUUCAUUUCAAUCUCCACACUCCAAAAACCCACAAAAACUCUCACCAAAACCCUCAACAACAUGGAGGCUGCAACUCUCUCUCGCAUCGGCCUCGCUGGCCUCGCAGUCAUGGGCCAAAACCUCGCCCUCAACAUCGCCGAAAAAGGGUUCCCUAUCUCUGUCUACAACCGGACCACUUCUAAAGUAGACGAGACUCUAGAUCGGGCUCAUAAUGAAGGCCAGCUUCCGUUGACUGGUCACUACACGCCCAGAGACUUUGUUCUUUCGAUUCAGAAGCCUCGAUCUGUAAUUAUUCUUGUGAAAGCGGGUGCCCCUGUGGAUCAGACUAUUGCUGCUCUGGCGGCCCAUAUGGAGCCUGGGGAUACUAUUAUUGAUGGUGGGAAUGAGUGGUAUGAGAACACUGAGAGACGUAUUGUUGAGGCCGCUGAUAAAGGAUUGCUUUAUCUCGGAAUGGGAGUCUCUGGCGGUGAAGAGGGUGCACGAAACGGGCCGUCGUUGAUGCCAGGUGGGUCUUUUGAAGCUUAUAAUAAUAUCAAAGACAUUGUUGCAAAAGUUGCUGCGCAGGUUGAAGACGGACCAUGUGUCACGUACAUUGGUGAAGGUGGGUCUGGUAAUUUCGUCAAAAUGGUUCAUAACGGGAUAGAGUAUGGUGACAUGCAAUUGAUUUCUGAAGCUUACGACGUUUUGAAAAAUGUUGGUGGGUUGAGUAACGAUGAAUUAGCCGAGAUUUUCGAUGAGUGGAACCGAGGGGAGUUAGAGAGUUUCUUGAUCGAAAUCACUGCUGAUAUCUUUAAAGUGAAAGAUGAGCACGGUGAAGGGUGGUUGGUGGAUAAGAUUCUUGAUAAGACAGGGAUGAAGGGGACGGGUAAAUGGACUGUCCAGCAGGCGGCUGAGCUGUCCGUUGCGGCCCCAACUAUUGCCGCCAGUCUGGACUGUCGGUAUUUGAGUGGUUUAAAGGACGAAAGGGAGGCUGCCGCGAAGGUUUUGUCGGAUGCGGGGUUGAAAGAAGAGGUGGGAAGUGUAAGAAGCGGGAUCGAUAAGAAGAGAUUGAUUGAUGACGUGAGGCAAGCGUUAUACGCUUCAAAGAUAUGUAGUUAUGCACAAGGGAUGAAUUUGUUGAGGGCGAAGAGUGUUGAGAAAAAUUGGAACUUGAAUUUCGGAGAAUUAGCUAGGAUUUGGAAAGGAGGGUGUAUCAUCAGGGCGGUUUUCUUGGACCGGAUCAAGAAAGCGUACCAGCGGAACCCUAAUCUCGCGAGUCUGGUGGUGGACCCAGAUUUCGCUAAGGAGAUGGUGCAGCGUCAGGCGGCGUGGAGGAGAGUCGUCGGGCUAGCAAUCUCGGCUGGGAUUAGUACACCGGGAAUGUGUGCUAGUCUUGCUUAUUUUGACACUUACAGACGGGCUCGGUUGCCUGCUAACCUUGUUCAAGCUCAAAGGGACUUGUUCGGGGCUCAUACUUAUGAGAGGGUGGAUCGCGAGGGUGCUUUUCAUACCGAAUGGACGAAACUCGCUAGGAAGAGCGGUUGAAGUAAAAAAGAAAAUCGGUAAGGCUUCACCUUGUUGGUGAACUUGUUUGGUGGUUUUUACUGUUUUUGCUUGGAUUAUUGGUUGUAUUUCUUGAUGAGGAUUAUAUCGAAUUCGGCGUUGCAUUGUUGUAGAAUUUUCUUAACAUUAUUAAUAAGUUAUGCAUGCCAUUGAAGCUUCAUUCU